AUGUGUUUCUUUAACCAAUCCGUCUGGUCCUGCGGCUACUGGAAAUGGGCUGGUUUUCAACAACGAUGCCAUAAAGAACGUCGAGUGGGCGAGACAUGCGGCCUCAAACUCGUCUCCCAAUGCAACUACAAACCAACACCAUGCAGCAUAUGCCAAAAGAUCAAAGCAAAGGUCCAUCGCAUCGAGCAAUUCACCGAGAGAAUGGAUCGCCUUAAAGAAUGGAAUCUCAUCAGCACCUUUGAGAAAUGUCUGGAGGAAACCGUCAUUAUGGAGAAUCAGUUGGCAGAACUACGUCGUCAGCAUGAU